AUGGCGGCCAUCAUGGUGGUUGCCAGUGCCCAGAACACCCGCUUGGUCCAGAGUCAGGGAGAGGGCCCGUGCAUUUUGUUGUACCCUUCGGGGGACAAUGACUUUGUAUACCCUAACCCUAACCCUAACCCAGAAAGACGCAUGGAGGAGAGGUCCUCCCCCACCACCCUAUUGAGCCUGCUGGACGAGGACGAAUCCCAGGAAAUGGACAAAACCCCAAUCCUCCAACACCCACAUCGACCAGAAGCCUAG